AAUGUUUAGUUACUCCGUAAAACUACAUUUCCCCAACAGCCUUGUAGGUUGUAAUAGACGCGAAGGAUUGUGGAGCUUGUAGGUUGAAAAUAUCGGUUUAAAACUCAAACUCCCAGAAUGCCCCUAUGCCUGGCUCCAUUACGCUGUUCAUGGCGUGUGAUCGAAGGCUGAAGAGACAGGUCGCCUUCUGACGAACAGAUAGGCCGUUGACUUUAACGGUUGUGUGUUGACUGUCUCAGUGAGACACAAUGGAGGUGGACAGUGUCAAAGUGGAAGACGAGAGACGGUUGACCCUGCUGAGGUUCGAGGCUGCCGUCAAAGUGAUCAAGAGUUUAGCCCCAGAUGGUCCCUUUCAGCCCUCCAACGACAUGAUGCUCAAGUUCUACAGUUACUAUAAACAAGCCACUGUGGGAACGUGCAAUAUACCCCGACCUGGCUUCUGGGAUGCAGUUGGCAAAGCAAAAUGGGAUGCGUGGAAUUCUCUUGGAGAUAUGCCAAAAGAAGAAGCGAUGGCAGCCUAUGUUGAUGAAAUGAAGCUGAUUCUGGAGGGUAUGCCUGUGACAGACGAGGUGGAGGAGCUCUUACGCGUCCUCGGGCCGUUCUACGAGCUGAUUGAUGAGAAGAAAAAGAUCACGCAGAUCUCCGACCUGAGCACAGCCCGUUUGACACAGUUUGCUAGGCAACUGGAAGGGUUUGGUUCAGUGUUGAAUUCAAUGCCAUCAAAGAGCAUCGCAAAGAGCAUCGCCAGAACGAUGGAAAUGAACGGCUCUCUGGAGACUCGUCCGGCCAGGCUCAAAUCAAAGGAAGUGAAUGAAAAGCCAGAGGAAGAAACACAAGAUGAGGAGGAGGAGGAGGAAGAAGAUGACGAAGAGCAAGAAGUAGUGAUACGGGACGUCAAAAACGACAAGAAAUCAGCAGCUUCACAGCCAAAAAAGAAGGGUUCAGCCAGGAGACACAAAGCGCCCCUGUCCAAUGGCAAAGUGGCCAACGGGGUCACCCAUCUGACCAAUGGGAGUCAUUCCAGGGCUGCCCUGAACAGUGACAACUCCGAGGAGGGCUCAGUCGGACAGCCUCUGCUCAACGGUCACCACACAGAUCCCAGCAAAGAUGUGUCUGGUCCCAGCCACCUGGCCAGUGACUCGGACAGUGAAGUCUACUGCGAUUCUGUGGACCAGUUUGGCCAGGAAGAGAGCUCGGAGCAUAACCGGUCUUCGGACGACCCGGAUGAAGAUGAGAACCUCGUCCUGCUGCCUCUAGAGGAGCGCCAGGAGGAUGUCAACGGUGAGGUGCAGGUCAUCAGGUUUGGAGGUGAAGACGGAGAGAGCGGUGGAACAAUGCCGCAGAGACUGAAUGCAGAUAUGUCGGACAGCUCUUUGGUCAGAAGAGAAAGGGGCACCAGGUCUCCAGGCCACGGUUCCGAAUCUCUGAUGCCCAUGUCCGGUGGUGGAGACGGGGACGGGGACCACUGGGGGAGAGCUGGAACACCUGGGGGCAGCCUGAAUGAGCAGAUAGUCGUGGUGUUGGCGAGACUACAGGAGGACAUGCAGAGUGUUCUGGAGAGGCUUCACACCCUAGAGGCUCUGUCUGCUAGCCAGGCAAAAUCAAUGUCUCUGUCUCCAACCUUUGGAUCAACCCCGGUGGAAAAGAAGCGUCGGAAACCAUCCUGGUGGCCUUUUGAUAUUUCCCCGACCACUUUGGCCUUUGCUGUCAUAUGGCCAUUUGUGGUACAGUGGCUUAUUCGCUUACAUCUGCAGAGGAGGAGAAGACGAAUCAACUGAACCUGCUCUCCCCCAAACACCCGUGGACACGGACGAUAAAGAGGAGUCGUCCAAAUGUCUCUGGUUGCUAAUGGCUGUAACUCCCCCUGCUUAGACCCACAGCCCAGUAAUUUGCUUUUGCACUAUGAAGAAGGCACCUAGAGUAAUGAGUGAGAGCAAUAUAUCUCUCAAGUGUGUUGUACUGUGGAUGUGGAAUCAUGUAGAACCAUGAAUGUAUGGGCUCACAGUCAGUGAUUAUAUAAGCUUUUCAAGAUGAUGCCACUCUACUGGAAUUUUUGUUUUGAGAGGGGGAACUUACAGGUAUGAUGUUGUCAGCCUGUUUAUAAACCAGCUACAGCAGCUUGUCAAUUAUUUCCAUAACUAAGGCUGCGUUGCACAUAAAAUGGCCCAAUUCUUUGUUGUUUUAAGCAUAACGCAUAACGAUGUGGUUAUACAUUUUAAAAUUGUUGUUUUCAUUAGUUGCCCAGAAAAUGCUGCUAUAAUAACAAAAUGUAAUAACUGUAGUUUUAGAAGGGAGGAUUGAAUGUAAAAAUGUAUUGAUAUGUGAGAUUUCAUUUAAAUUCUGAUAAUUUAAUAUUUAUUGCUUUCAGCGAGUUAUAAGGAAGACAUUGCUGGGCUGAUCUCAGCUGUAUAAAUGAGGUAUAUGUUAAAAGUAGCCGCUAAAUUUUGUGCAUCUGUUAGGCAAAGUUGUCCAAACUGUUUCCAUCAGCUGUCCUGCCGCAUAUCAGACUGUCCUUUUAUGUCAAAGUGGUCUCAACUUCAAAUAGAAAAGGUGCCUCAACAUCAUAAGGUACACUCAUAAUGUACAGGUACACUCAUAAUGGUUAUUCUUACAUUUACAUACUGUAGCAUAAGAGUUCCAGUGCAGGACCAAACUAACAUUCAUCACACUACCUAUGUAGUGAGAAUAUCUAACUGUCUCAGUGACCACUCAGCUGUCUGAUUGUUAGUACAUAACACUUGUCACUGUCUUUUGUUUACGCUGUCAAGUUUUUCUAUUUUGUCUAAUUUUAAUGUGAUGUUUGUACGAAUAUGAUGGAAAGAUUUUGUGCGAGCAAUGGUAAUCAUGAAUUGUUUUCAGAGCAGAUCUAUGUAAAUUGUAUACAAUAGCUGUACAGUUCAGAUUAAAAUGCAGUAUUUUAAUUGCAUUCCUAUGUAUUAUUAAUAUAGAAUAAUAUAUCAUUUACAAAGGGUUGCAUCUGCAAUAGUACUAAUCUUUCCAGAGGCACUAUGUUUUAAUAAAAAAAUAAAGUAGUUUACCUUUCUACUGACAUGUGCUAAUGCUUUCUCACCCUCCCUGCCUGUGGACAGAGGGGUGUUUGCAUGUAAUAAUCCAAACCUAAAAUAAAGUUUUCAUAAAGCA